CGACGGAAGACCUGGUGGACGCGCUGCGGGAGGUGGACUGGUCGACCCCGCCGCGCCCCGUCUCGGAGUUCUUCUCCCGCUUCACCGCCCCCCGAUCCUACUCCAAGUGGACCAGCCGCCUCAAGUGCAACCUCUACUAAGUGGGGUUGCGGACUCACGUGGAGGUUGCUGGGUUAGGUGCCACGAUGAGCUAUCAACCCUUGCUAGUUCGUACAUCAUACGGAUGGUGCUGUAGCUGGUGCAGAGAUGUACAUAUCGGAUUGUUGGCGUUGACCGGCUUUCGGGCGAGUACUAGUUUGGAGACCAGCAUGUUGAAUCUAAACGUCGUUAUGGUGUGUUAUCGGACGAACUACUUUAUCUUGGUAAUGUUCAUUCUUGGAAUGGGCUUUCUUAGGAAGCCAGUUGCCAUCCUUGCUUCUUUAGCAACUGGUCUCAGCAUUGCGUUCCUCAAUGACAGUUUUGCAGUUACUUUCAAUGAGAAAGUCACAAGGACUGUCAGACAAUUUUCACCACAUUUAGCCGCAAAGAUGAGGCCACCCAUAACGCCUGUCAUCCGAGGCCGACCAAGUAAACGAAGAUCAAUUCAUAUCUGUGGUCGACCUCGGUGGGUCUUUGUCCUGUUGUUUUCCGCAGUUAGCUGCAUGCUCUGGUUGACUUCGUGCAGCCUCCUCACGGUUUUGUGGGCCCUACUUAUUGGUCUGCUUGUAACCUUACUUCAUGCCAGCUUCAGAACACCUAAUUUGAAAGCACGUUUGAACACAUUCAGGGAGGAAUUUCGAGCAGUAUGGCGGAAUUACAGUGAGCUGUAAUUGUCUUCGUUGUUCCAUGUUUGUCAUAAAAGAAUGAUGCAAGUGUCAAAUCUGUAUCCAAUGUUGUCUCUGGGCCUUUUUCUCGUGGGAGAUUUUCGCAGGGUCCUUCCUCCUUGCUUCUUGUUGGACUGCAACAUUGUAGAUAUCAUUAGGUGGUGAAAUAUCCGAGUCUCAGGGUCCAGUUCCCACCCUAGUUUUAGCUUGCCUUGUUUCCAAUGUUUGGGGAAACCUGUAUGUGUAAAGGUUGUAUAAAGCUAUUCUCGAGUGAACUUGGAAGAUGCUGCUUUUGAAUUGAAACGUCUGCCUCGAGCUUCUUCUUUAUAGUGACUAUGUUAUUGGUGCU